CAAGGCACCAACGCAAAGCGCACCCCCGCCGGUCCACCCCAUACAACCACCCUUCCUUUCGCCUGCCCACCCAGCGCACCCAACCCAAGGAAGUCGGAAGCCCAUCCAUCUGACCUCGACUCCCCUUCCCUCCACCUCCAGUCGCCGGAUUCAUCGACUCGAGUCGAAAUCCGAUCCCGCCGCCGCGCCCCAAUCGCCGUCUAGGGCGUUCCGUCAGCCAGGCCACCCGACACCGCCGCCACCCCUCGUCUCCUCCCCGACCCCGAGCCGUUUUGACAGGCUUGGACGCCAGCGAUCCCUCUCUGCCCCGUUGCCCGCCGUCGCUGCCGGCCUCGAUUGGAGUUGGAAAUCGGAUAGGAAGAUGGAUCGCCACCUGCAGCAACAACUCGGGACUAGCAUGAGCGAUGAUGGAGACCAUACCUGCCCGCUCUGCGCCGAGGAGAUGGACAUCACUGAUCAGCAGCUCAAGCCGUGCAAAUGCGGAUAUGAUAUUUGCGUCUGGUGCUGGCACCACAUCAUAGACAUGGCUGAGAAGGAGGAGACAGAGGGCCGCUGCCCUGCAUGCCGCACUCGCUACGACAAGGACAGGAUUGUCAAGAUGACUGCCACUUGUGAGAGGACGGUGGCAGAAAAAAAUGCAGAGAAGAAGCACAAGACCCAAAAGGUUAAGCCAAAGGCGGCAUUGGCGGCAGCAGCAUCAACAACAACAUCUACAGUAGAAGCUAAGAAGCAUCUGAUUGGUGUCAGGGUUAUCCAGAAAAAUCUGGUGUACAUAACUGGGCUACCCGCACAUUUAUGCAACGAGAUUGUACUUGAGCGUAGGGAAUACUUUGGUCAAUAUGGGAAAGUUUUGAAGGUUUCAGUUUCCCGUCCUACUGGGCCUCCUUCCCAGCAGGCAUCAGCAAACAACAAUAUUAGUGUAUAUAUUACUUAUGCCAAAGAAGAAGAGGCCAUCCGGUGUAUUCAAACUGUACAUAAUUUUGUCUUGGAAGGAAAAGUUUUAAGAGCAUGCUUUGGUACUACGAAGUAUUGCCAUGCAUGGCUGCGGAACAUGACAUGUGGGAAUCCAGAUUGUCUCUAUUUGCAUGAAGUAGGCGGUCAGGAGGAUAGUUUCACUAAAGAUGAGAUCAUCUCAGCAUAUACGAGGACUAGGGUCCCCCAGAUGGCAUCUAGUGUUUCACAAAGACGUGCAGGCACUGUAUUGCCUUCUCCAGCUGAUGAUUUCUCUUACAGUGCAGUGGUAUCGGCCAAGCAUACAGUCAAGAAUGGAACACUUAAUACCACCAACCAGCCCAGACUUUCACCUCCAAACAGUAGUUCUGGGAGGUCCACGCUUCCACCAGCUGCCUCAUGGGGGCAUCGUGAUUUGAAUGCCAGGACAACAGCUAAUGGGGUGACUCCAUCACAAUCUCAUACGAAAUCAAAAUCAGAGCCACAAAUUAAUUCAUUUUCAAGUUCUUUGACGAUUUCGAGUACAAUAAUGCCUUCUUCAUGGAAUGAUGAUACAAAUACAAGUACAGCACCAAAAAUUUCUGAAGGGCGGCAAGUGUCACAACAAGACAGUACAUCUAAAACCAUAGAGCCGUAUAAGCCUGGUAUUGUGAAGGAAACACAUGCUCUAUCAUCACUUGACAUAGACUUCUCCACAAUACCUUCAGCUUGGAAUGACGAUGACAUUGUAGUGUCAGAUGGGAUGUCAAAAGGAAGCAAGGAAAUUCAAGCUGCGAAAGAAAAUGGAAAGCUAACCCAUCUAGCAUCUAAGUCACCAAUGUCACCUAAGAAAGACACGACAGUGAACAUUACCAGCAAAAGUCCUUCAGAUUUGGUAUCAAGUCUAGCAAUAUUGAAAUCAGAUGUAAAGACUGGCGAUAGUGAUAGCUCAGUUAGCAACAUUACUCCCAAAAGCCCUACUUCAAAUGAUGUAAACUGCCAAUCUAGUCUUGCUGCCAAUGAGAAAAUACUGGAGGAUAUUGGACCCCCCAGGGAGAUUGACACUGAGAAGCUAUCUGUUCAGAUAUCUUCGAUAACUUUAGAUGGCAAUGAUGAGGCUCAUAGUAUGGCAGGAAAUCAUCAACCAGAUGCACUGCCACGCACAUCUGUUACCGUGCCGAUAGGCCAGAAUUUUGACAGAGACCGAUCUUAUAUGAAGCUUGAUGGGCUCCUAUCUUUAGAAAACAAGGAUACACUUCUCUCCUGUCAAUAUGGUUCUGAUAAGCAUCUUGAUUGGACUUCAGAGCAGCAAAGUUGUAGUGCGUCUCCUUUAAAUGAUAUGGUAAAUUCUACAGCGAUCACUGACAAACUUCAUGGUAGGCUGAUGGAUGGUUCAGAUCAACCAUCAUAUUCGUCAUUUGCCCGUUUUCCUAAUACAGUAGCCACUUCACUGUGGAAUGAUACAGAAAGUAACCCUACAUUGAUGAUUGGUACUAAACCUUCAGAGAUGCAGACUGGGUUUUCUUCAAUCAAUAAGACUCAUGCCUUGUUAAGUGGAUGUCAAGAUGGGCUAGGGACUGUAUGUACACCUGGUAAUGUUUCUGGACAUCCUGGAAUGGGAAGUCAUCAGCCUGGUGCAAUGGGUUCAGUAAGAACUGAUAGUGUAGGAAGUUUUGACAAGACUGCAAGUGUAAAUAAGGAUGAGAGCAGAAUAAUUUCUGAUAUGUUGUCAUCAGAGUUUAAUCUGUGGGAUGAUUCAUUUUCAUCUGCUAACAGUUUUGUUAGGAUGCUUAGAGAAUCUGAAAAUAAUGAUGUCCCUUUCACCCUGCCUUCAUGGAAAUCAGGAUCCGGAAGCAGAGAGUCCAGAUUUUCGUUUGCUAGGCAGGAUAACCAAGGAAACUUGGAUUCAUCUCUCAGAAACUGUGGUAGUGAUCAGAAUUUCAGUUUGCUACCCCAGAUCUCUCGAGGAAAUUUUUACCAGAAUGGCCAUGCAUUCCAAUCCCUGGAGAAUGAUGUUCACAAUAGCAACUCUCUUGCUGUGUCAGAUAUGGCAACUACUGGUUCAUCAAGAUCUAAAAUAUCCGCACCCCCAGGAUUUUCAGCACCAGCAAGAGUCCCCCCUCCUGGAUUUUCUUCCGGAUUUCCUUCCCAGGAUGGUCUGAAUCCCCCUCCCGGGUUUUCUUCUGGAAUUUCAUCUCAGGAAGUGUCCAAGAACCCACCGAGAUUGCCUUCCCCAUUUUCUUCUGGAUUUUCAUCUCAGGAUGGGCCUAAUCCUUCUUAUAGAUCCUUUUCUGCAUUUGCUUCUGGACUUCCAUCACAGGAUGGGCCUAACCCCCCUUCUAGAUUCCCUUCUGCAUUUACCUCUGGAUUUUCAUCACAUGAUGGGUCUAAUCAGGUGUAUCGCUCGACAUACCCAGAAACUCUUCUCCGGGAUAAUGUUUUGGGCGGCAACAGUAAUCAUUAUCAAGCUCCGUUUGGCAGACACACAAGUGACAUAGAAUUUAAUGAUCCUGCUAUAUUGGCCGUGGGAAAAGGGCGGAUGCCUGGAAUUGGUGAUUCAGGUCUGGAGAUGAAAAAUACCCCUGCUUUUCCAGCCCAGUUGCAAACACCGAACAAUGAUCCAAGGUUUCAGUUACGGAUGCAGCCAAAUGUGCAGUCGCAUCAGAACUUGAGAUUUGCAGACCAUAUGCAAGAUGCCUUCAACCCUAUGAAUGAUAAUUAUCUGGCAUCCAAAUUUUUACAGCAGAAUCACGGUCCUGUAUCCCCUUAUGCGCAGAUGACACAACAACCCAGAAACUCGCAGCUUACAAAUGGUCACUUGGAUGGGUGGAGUGAUUUGAGACAAGGGAAUAACGCCCUUAUGUCAGACAUGUCAAGGAUGUUAUAUCCAAGUGAAGUGAAUAGCUUGCACAUGCUUGGUUCUAAUGAUAUCUAUACCAGAGCCUUUGGAAUGUGAUUGUCUCCUGGGAGCUGUGUGACUUUGAGGUGACAUGUUUUAACUUGGGAAAUUUGUUGAGUUGUGAAAGUAACUGGUCGCACAGCACAUAGUAUACCUCAGGUGGAUGGUGGUCUUGUGCGCAUGAACUUGCUCGUGAGUGUUUAGUGGGAUUGAAAUUGACCAACAUGGACCUUCCAGACCUUGGAUACUACCAGGUUCUCUCUUUUAUGAUAUGCGAAGCGAGUGAAAAGAAGAUGUCUCGAAAAGAACGAAGCAACUGAAGCUGGCUUGAGGAUGCUGUGGUGGUACUGUGUGUUUUCUUAUGAUGAUAGAGGUCGGUGUGUAACUUGUGGUUGCUCCCUCCCUUUUCUGUUGGUGCACAAAAGCCGACCCUGAUCCAAGCUCUGAUUGGUGUCUGGCUGGCUAUUAGAUGCAUGGUGUGUAGAGUCUACCGGGAAUGUGUAUAUCUAGUGAGUUGAAGAAGGUUAUAAAUCGGGUAUGUUAACGAGAAGGAUCAAUCUGCUCCCGGUAUGCAUGUAUCAACUCGAUUGGGUUAACGAGAAGGUCAUAAUCUGCUCCCAGUAUGCAUGUCAAUUUGAUUGGUA